UUUCUCUUUUUGAUCUGCAGACAUGAAGCUUGCAGCUCUUGUGGUCAUCCUCUGGCAUGUUUGGAGCGCAGCUUCAUCUCAUCCUAAACCAUCUUGUCGCUAUCCUCCGUCUCAGUGGUGUCGCUCCUUGGAGAUUGCUGUUGAAUGCAAGGUGCAGAAGCAGUGUAUGGAACUAAGUGCCAUACGUCCCAAGGAGCCAGCUCUUCCUGUGUCUGUCAGGCUUUACUACGAGAGUCUCUGUCCAGCCUGCAGAGUGUUCAUCAGUCAGCAGCUCUUCCCUACCUGGUCCAUGCUGCAGGACAUCAUGAAGGUCACGCUGGUACCGUAUGGCAACGCUAAGGAGCUGGUGUUGGGAAAUACUACCUUCACCUGCCAGCAUGGGGAGCCAGAAUGUCAUGGAAACGUGAUUGAGGCCUGCAUUCUCCAUUUGAGUGGCCCCACUGCUUUUCAGACCAUCUACUGCAUGGAAUCCGCUGCCGAUGUUGUCAGCGCAGCUCGGCCGUGUCUUGAGAUGCACGCCCCCGCCGUCUCCUGGGUUAGCAUCGAUUCCUGCGUUAAGGGAAGUCUGGGCCGUCGACUGAUGCACACUAACGCGGUCAUGACCAGAGCGCUCAGCCCUCCUCACACGCACGUCCCCUGGGUCACCUUCAAUGGGGAAUACACACAGGCGUAUGAAGACAAGGCCAUGUCUUCGCUCUUCCAUUUGGUUUGCCAACUUUAUACGGGAGUUAAGCCUCCAGCCUGCAACGGAGCCCCGGUGAGACUUGACAGAGGUUUCUGCUGAGGACGUCCGAAGCAACAUGCGAGUCAUACUAACAAAUACAUUGUGAGACUGAGCCAAUCAUGAAAAAAAUGAAUUUCUUUGUACUUUAUUGGCAUUUGCAGAACACCCUCAAAUCCAGAAAAAUCAUUUGGUUUUCUUUCCAAAAUGUCGGAGUGGCAGAUCAGCUGUAUACAUUGUAUUUUGAUCUUGAGGCUUAACAUAUGAUUACAACAUGACAUACAAUUAACUGUUCUUCCCCUUUUUUUCUUUUUACAGUACUCCCCCCCCCACACACACAUACACACUAACAGACACAUAUGAAUAAUAGUAUUCAAGAAAGUUGCAUGAUAUGAGGCUGAGCAACAUUACUAACAUGAUGCCAAUGUGAGCUCAACACAAGAAGUGAGCAAUAAUACACAUUUAAUACUUUCUGGCACUAGUGUUUGAAUAUAAAGAACCAUAGUGCUGAGUUUAACUCGCCAACCUUUCAACCCGAUUGCUGUAUUUUUCUUUUCUAAUUAAACUAAUGAAUUCUGGUGA